AGAAGGCCACGAUUCAAGUCGGAUAAUGCAAUUCCUUUGGACAGCUUGCUUAACUUGCGCUUUCGCUUUUGAUUCUAAAUUUAAAACAAUUUAUCAAGUCCAAACCCACGCACGAGUCUCUCUUUUUUAUAAUUCUUCGAUAACAUCAAUCACACGACGUGACACAUUUUGACGUUCUCUACCGCAGAUAUUUCAAAAAAGACCCUGUCGUAGGGCUCAUCUGCAACCAUGAGUUCAGAGUAUUCUUACGAUGAACAGGGUCAAUUCUACCCUUUCUUCGUAUUUACUCUGACCUCCAUCGUCACCCUCCCUCUCACUUACAGUCUUCUCGCGCCGAGCAAGGAUCCCGCUUCCCUUGCCCCACGAUUGAAAUCCUCUUACAAACCCGAACAUGAUGACUUAAUACAAGGACUACGUGCUGCGCAGAAGCGAAAGCAGCGCAAGGUCAAGCGCGCCAUCGCCGUCAUCCUAGGCUGGGCAUUGAUGGCUGGCAUGCUAUAUCUAAUUGUCACUACCCAACGAACAACAGCCAAGAUAUGGAAUCCCUACGAUAUUCUAGGCGUCUCCGAGUCGGCGUCCGAUAAACAGAUCAAGUCCCAUUACAGAAAACUUGGUCUCAAGUUCCACCCCGAUAAAGCCAGACCUGACCCGGCGAAGAACGAGACCGCCGAGACAUUAAGCGACAAAUGGGUCGAGCUCACUAAGGCAUACCAAGCACUUACCGAUGAAGAGGUUCGCAACAACUACAUCCAAUACGGACACCCCGACGGCAAGCAAAGCUACAGCAUAGGAAUUGCUCUCCCCAAGUUCAUCAUAUCUGAAGGAAAUGGAAAAUAUGUCGUACUUGUCUAUGCUCUGCUUCUAGGUGUCUUGCUGCCUUACUACGUUGGAUCGUGGUGGUAUGGUACCCAACGCAUAACAAAGGAGGGAGUACUAGUCGAGAGUGCCAACAAUCUAUUCCGCGAAUACUCCGAGAACAUGGAAGAGGGAGAUCUCGUGACUGCUCUGAGUGGCGGCAAGGAGUUCCAAGAGGUUCUGAAGGGAGACAAGGCCGAGUCCGGACUUUCAAAACUCGAAUCGAGAAUACUUGCAGAAGGCCAAAUCACGCCGUUUGCUGGCGGGUUAUCUGUCAAGGACAAGGAGAAGCUGGAGGAUCUCGAGAGCGGUGUUCGAAGGAAGGUUUUGGCUCUUCUUUGGGCAUACCUCGGCCGUGUAGAGCUUGAUGACCCCGCCCUCGAUAAAGAUAAAUACACCGUGGCUCCUAUCGCUCAGAGUCUCUGCAGUUCCUUCAGGGCGAUUUCCCUCGCAUAUAGCAACACCGGACCUAUUCUAGCUUCAUUCUACACCAGCCAACGACUCAUCCAAGCUCUACCGCCAAAGGCAUCUCCUCUCUUCCAGCUUCCCCACUUCACACCUGCGGUUGUUAAGGCCAUCGAGGGCGAUUCGACGACACAUCUAUCUGUUCAAGAGUUCAUGGAUUUACCCGAUUCGGAGCGUAGGAGUAUUGCUGUAGGAAAUGGACUUCUAAGCGAAGAGCAAUACAAGACUACCGUCAGUCUCGCAGGCCAACUCCCAUAUUUCAGAGUCGCAAAAGCAUUUUUCAAGGUUGCCGGCGAGCGAUUUAUCAUCCCGUCAUCUUUGGUUACACUGGUUGUGAAGGGCCGAUUCAUUCCUCCCGGAAGUGUCAACGUUCCAGAAAUCAAUGAGCUUGACCUUGAAGAUGUUGACCCAGCUGAAGAUGACCUCGAUGCGCUUAUGGGACGCAAGAAGACUGUGAAGGACGCAAAUGGAAAGAUAGUCACCAAGGAAGAAACCAAACCCGUAUCACCCCCGAUUACUUUCGCGCCUUAUUAUGCUCGCGAACACUCGCCGAAGUGGCAUGCUUUCCUUUCGGAUAGUAAACAGGGAAAGAUGGCAGUUCCGCCGUUCACAUUUACCCAAUUCGACCAGCCUCUAUUUACCGAUGACGGAAAGCCAACGUUUAACAUGCAGACCCUAAAAGCGCAAUUUGCUGCCCCGCCGCAGGCAGGCACCUACACCUUUGUGUUACAUGUCGUGUGUGACAGUUACGUCGGAUUUGACACUAAGAUGGAGGUUACCCUCAAUGUUGAGGACACUAGCAAGGCUGCAGCAAUGGCCGCUGAGGACGAGAUUAGUGAGCCGGACGAAGAUUCUAUUGCCGGCCAAAUGAGCGCACUUAAGGGUGGUAGUGUAGCAACGAAGCCCAAGAGGCGGAAAGACGACGACUCGGAAGAGGAGGAUGAGAGUGGUACCGAAGAGGAAGAGGACGACACUAGUGAAACAAAUACCGAUACUGAACCUGAGUCGUAGGAUAUUAAAUUUCUACGAUUGGACAGUAUUGAAAAGCGAAGGUUGAUUAAUUGGGUGGAUACCCCUAAGGCGAUACUCGACAAUAACAUCCCGUCGAAAUUCGCAAUUCUCAUCAUGUUGGCAGUUGGCAUAAUACCAACUUCCAAACUACCUACCUAUCCAAGAUGGUAACACGUGUAAAGAUAGUAAGUCUUCUGCGGAUUAAAAAGCGCGUACGCUAUUGCAGCAAGCAUAGGAUUGGCGUCGUGGCGUUUGAAGGAGGAAUUUGCCAUGCGAUAGGGCGUAUAGACCUGCCAGUCCACGCGCCGCAGAAAUAUGGUCUAAUACAUAUUGAAGUUCAUAAAAC